AUAAAUUCGGUGUAUAUUUAACAUAGCUCUGGUUAGUUAGCUCUAUCGUUUGAAGAUGUUCACUAGGUUUGGUGCUUGGGCUCUUGUCCUAAUUCUUGCAUCUUUGGAAAUUUCGGAUGCCUAUUAUCCACUUCAGAUACGGAGUAGCCAGCAACAAUGUCAACUAAUAUGCAAACCACAGGUCAAUACACCUUCUGAAGGAGGAACAACAGGCAGUGAUGGAAUAACACCAAGUACUAGUACCUCAUCCGGUCAGCCAUCAAGAGCUACUACUCAACCAGACGGUAGUGGAACAUCAGUAACUUCUCAGGAUACUAGCGAAUCAGGCUCAACAUCGGUAUCAGAAAACAGCGGCACCACCAGUGGUCAGCCUGAUCAACCUUCUAGUUCUACCAAUCAACCGGGAAGUAGUGGAACUCCAAAUACUGGAAAAGCAACUAAUCCAGCUGACUCAACUUCGGCGUCUCCAAGCCAGCCUGGUGGCGGAGGAACACCAUCAAGUACGGGAAAAACCGAGCAAUCAGACCAACCUGGAACUACACCCACAUCUACAAGUCCCAGUAAGCAAUGUUCUCUUAUGGUUUAAGCCUAAACUCAGGUCUACAGAGUGAGGCAGAACCAACCAAACAUAUUCAAAGAGCUAUAUGAAGGGAGAACUACCACAAUGUCCAUGUAGAUGUAUUGAUGAAAAUGGUGGAUUGCAUACAGGAGGUCCAUCAGAAGAAGCCCGUCGUCAUGGAUCAUCACAUGGUUUUCAAGCUCACGACAAACAUCAUUGGCAACAGCACCACGGCCAAGAAAAGCACCAUAACGAUCAUCAUGGCCAAGAAAAGCACCAUAACCAAUAUCACGGUCUAGAGAAGCAUCACCCGCAGCAUAAUAGCGAAGUCAAGCACUAUAACCAACACCACGGACAAGAGAAACACCACAAUCAAUAUCGUGGUGAAGAGAAACACCAUAAUAACCAACACAAGGGUCAAGAAAAGCAACAUCAUCAGGAUGGGCAUCAUGCUGAGAUGAAACAUUAUUCUUCCCAUGAACACGCUCAGGAGAAGAACCAUAGAAAUCAGAAGGAACAGGAGAAACACCAUAAUAGACACCAUGAUUGAAUAUAGAUUGAGAAGAAGAUACUUGUUUUAUUGUUAAUUUUUAAGAUGCAUACCAUUUUUAUACUGUGUUUAUAGCAAAUAAAAAUAUUCUACAAAGAGCGUCGC